AAAUGCGGUGGCGGUGGUGUAAUAGAAGGAUGGAUCACUUGUCGAGGACUGUGCUGCUCUGCGUACUGUUGAGUUUGGGUGUGUGCGAUGGAGCUCGGAGACCAGUUCAUCGUCGCAAGGACACAGCUAGAGCUUCUGAACUGUACGAGCCAGCACCAAGUGCGGAGAGUCUACAAGCCAUCGCGGAAGCCAUGGGAGCGGCUGGCUUCGAACACUAUACUGAAGGAAGACCGCUGGUCAAGAGGCUGAUACCUGCUGACAGCCAACCCGAUCUGGACGUUGUGGAGCAUCAAGGAGUAAUAGGCAAGGCGGGCGUAGACUUCCCGGCGUACCCGAAUAUACCACACACCGGCUUCAACUGCAAGAAUGUGCCUACGGGAUACUACGCCGACUUGGAAACCGACUGCCAGGUAUUCCACAUAUGCGACACGUCACGCAAAAUCUCAUUCCUUUGCCCGAACGGGACCAUCUUCAGCCAGUCCCACCUUAUUUGCGACUGGUGGUUCAAGGUGGACUGCGCCUCCGCGCCCGCUCUCUACGAGUCUAGCGCAGAGUACUACUCCAACGAGCAGAAGAAGUCGCAGAAGAUCAGCCACAGCUUGACCAAGAACCAGGACUUGCAGCAGAUCGGUGAUAGCCAUGUCAGAGCAGAGUCUAGAAGGUCGUCUGUGAACGUCCCUACGACGACGGAGCGAUUUCAAAAUCAUAAGCAACGGCUGCAGACGGACACGCCCUUCAAUAUAGUAACAGCGAGGAGUUAUCAGACUUUGUUCGAUUUUCAUCCGACGCAGAGAGUGACUACCGCCGCUGUUGAGAAAAGGAGACGCAAUCUCGUACAACUUAUAACAAACAACUUCGCAUUACCGAAAUCGACGUCUCCUACUUAUUCCGAAAUCUCCAAGACUACGCCAAUUGACUACAACUUUAGAGAAAUGCAGGUCGCAGCUGAAACCGCGUCCUUCGCGAAUAAUAACAAUAGGCAAUUCCUACAAGAUUUCCAUAACAAAAAUUACCGCCCUUACCCAGCUUUGUACGAUAUUCGAGACAAACAUUUGCCCCAAGAAACACAAGAGACUACUAAACGUCCAACAUUGGUGCCAUACACCAAAAGCUAUACCACAUAUGAAAACCAGGAACCUUAUACAAGACCAGGUGUUUCUUUACUCAAAGGGUUCCUUGACAAACAGAAGAAUAAAACCCUCAUCACGACUACAGAGCCAAUACCAGUUGUUACUGAAAGAAAUGAUAAAUACGAGAACAAAGUCGUUAUUGAAACUAAAGACACAUUCGAAUCAGCUACUAAAAUACCUCAUACAACUAGAUCAAUUUAUAAAGUGACUACCGAAACGACAACACCAAGUAAAAGCAUUAGCAUAAGUACUAAAAAAGUAGACGCAACUACAGAGGUGUCGUACAAAGAAAGGCGUGAACGACUGAUGCGUAAACUAAAUCUAGAUUUUUACGGACCAUCUGACACCGCGACACCUAUGAUUUCAACUGAGAAAUUCUUCGGUGACCAAACUAACAGACCAGGGCUUAUUGUGCCACCGUCAUUGACCCCUAAGACCCUCCACAGCUUAGCAAUUUAUUACGCAACUGCUCUGGAUAAUUUGUCAACAACUCCGUCACCCGAAGAAGGAGAAACGACAACUGUUCCUAUUGAUUAUGAAUUAAUGGAGCAAACCUUACCUGGUUUAUUCAGUCAGAAGACGAUUAACAAAUACACCAACCUAUUUGGUCAAGGCGCUGACGCGGAUCAGGCAGAAUUGAUCGAAGAAAUGAAAACAGAACUUAACGGAACAUUCAACGACUUAUCUGAAGACUUGACGAUACAACAGAGCCAAAAUCCUUUAGCCACUUCUCCUCAGAUUAGGGAAUUGGCUCAAGUUUUCACUCAUGCCUUAUCAGCUUACUUACAAGAUCCAGUUCAGUUCCGAAAAGUACUAUCUGACAUUAGACCGACGCACCCUUCAUUUGGCGAUUUGUUAAGUACUACGGAAGAAACUAUAAACACAGAACCAACGACAACAGUGAACGAAGAAGAUGACGAGAUAUUAGGUUUCUCUGAUGACAACAAAUUAAAGGCUAUCCAGCAGUCGUUGAGAGAAGGCAAAGCUUUAGGUAUUCCUACAAUCUACCCAACAACUGCAGAGUCAAAAACAACGACGACGCCAGAAAUUCUGUCCACAAACUACCAUACGACUACGGUAAGAAAUCCGUUCAGAUGUUGCGGAAGAAUAUCUGCUUCUUACACUACGGCUUCGUCGCCAAUAAUUGCAACAACCACGCCAGCAUAUACGCAAACAGUUGCCUCAACCAUAAACAAUCUCGUUGAGAACUACACAGAAUCUGCCACUGACUAUUCUGUACCUAGAUAUGGCGGAUUCCAAAAUAACGCCCUAACUGACUUAUACUACGGCAAGUCAGUUAAUUUAUCAGAUGCCAAACCUCUCAACCAAUAUGUUGAAGUAACGAACUUGCCUACAGCUUGGGGCGUUGAUAUCACUGGAUCUACAGUUCCUACAACUGUUCAAGACUUUGAAAGUAAAAGGAUUAGAACAAGCACUGUCAUACCAACAACCACACAAGUUUAUUUCACUGAAACAGAAAGUAUCGAGUUGGAAAACGAAGAAGAAUUACAAAGAGCUCACAGCCAAUCGUUCAUUGGACCGAAAAACUCAAGACAAGGCAAACAAAUUACCUUAGAAGAAAAUUCUACUGGGAUUAAAAAACCUUCUGAAGAUUUAGAAGCUCCAACGUUACCCGACCUGGAAACAACUACAAUUCAAACUACAACUUCUGCACCCACAACAUUUAAACAGGAGGAAGUUGAAGAAUUAACAACUACAUCUUUUGGAAACAUAUUCACGUCACCGGACAGCGAUAAAACUACUUAUCAACAAUGGACAAGUAAUUUCGACAACUGGCACAGUACAGUUAUUGAUCCAAUCACUUUCAAUGACAAUCUGAGCCCUACAGGACCCGAUACUCAAACAGUCAAAGAUUCAUACGUACCUAUUACUGCCACAACGCCUACAGAAUACCCUAUAACGACGGAACAAACUGCAUCAUCAACAGCAAAUGUUGAAAUCACUACAAACUUUAAAGAAAAUGAAAGAAUCGGCAGAUUGCUGCGAGAUUCUUCUACUGAGCCAGCACAAGAGUUGACAACAAUAGCUGAUACUGUUGUUGAGAAGGCAAAAGAAAUUAUGGGCGGCAUGAACUCGACAACGACGCAGAAACUAAUGAACGUUAUGAAAAAGACGAAAUCGAAGACAGUGAAGAGGCUUAUACUUCUACUGAUUCAGACAUGUGAUGAUGACCAUAACUCAACAGCUGAAGCGUCGAAGAAAGCACUUUUAGAAGCUCUUAUGGCUGUCUCACAAAAAGAUAUGGAAGAAAUUGCAAAAGAAGAAACCACUGAGGUCCCUACCACUUCCUCCGAUGACGAAAUCCAAUCGACUGAUUAUAGAAGAAUGGAUAGACAGGAAUUAAGGCCGAGACAGUUCGAAAGAAAAGGGAAGAGUUUGAGCUUCGAUCCUAGUGCUAUCAACUCUCUUUCAAAUCCUACAACUGAUUCCAAUAGAAGAAAUGAAGACUUAGAACCAGCGAGUACAACUUUGAGUCCUAGAACUACAACUAGUCGUAGAGGUCACAAGAAGUACAAUACGACACCUGAGAUUAAAGUCACCAGAAUACCGUUGUUUGAGCCAGUCAAACCCACGGCAGAAGCAAGGGUUUCUUCUGGAUCAGAUUUAAAAACUGCAUCUGACACAAGAGCUUUAGAAUUACUACGAUCGCUGUACACAAUCGCAGCGAGAUGGGGUUGAAACUAAUAUUAGGGGAUGAGAGAUUUCCUUGUAUUUAGGGGUUGAUUUAGUAUUUCAAAUUUUUAAAUUUAUUUCCAAGCCCUAAGUAUUAUAAAUGUGAUUGUAGAUAAAAUGUAUUAUUGUUCGUGAUGACAGAAAUGCAUUCCUUUGCCUGAUGUUACAUAAACCAGUGUUUAAAAAAAUAUAUAUUGUGGUUUCUGAUUGCGAAAUACAAAGGAAUAAUUUCGUAACAAAACUGAAACAGUUAGAUAUUCAAUGGCUGUCCCAGGUUUCGGUUCUAAUUAUAAAAUAUUAUUUACUAUUUUCGUCCUCUUAUAAAAUAGUGUAUUUCAUAAUGUUAACAAUAUUGUAAGACAGUAGAAUGUCGUCAGAAACCACCCUUAUAAAACCUUGUAAUAUUUACAAAAGUGAAAUAUUUGCGUGUUUCCUCCUAAUAUUAUUUCCACUUUGGUUAAUGUAACAUCAUCUAGAGCAUACAUUAGUUAAUUUAUUGUGGUUGUUACUUAAAUAUUCUAUAGACUUAAAAUAUAGUAUUGUAUUUAUAGAUUAACUAGAACCUAUUUCCUAUUGUUAAGACCUAGAUUUAGAAGACAACUGAGUUACCUACUUUAUGUACGUAAUAAUUUAAGCUAUUGUUACACUGCCACAAUUUCUUGUAAAAUAUUUUACGCAAAUAGCUGUAUUAAGGAUUUUUAUAGUAAAGUUUUC